CCGGUUGGAAGCACUACCUUGGCCUAUCGAACAUAAGAAUCAUACAGUCCCGCCAAAUUUUUAGAGCGUUCUUAAGUUUUUGCCAACAAUUUAAAUUUGUAACAUGGUUAUACCGCCAACAAAGGAACAGGAUGGAGGCCUGGAGAAGGAGCUGUCGGAGCAGCAGGCGCCGGCCAACCGAGAUGAAGAGCAGUAUCUCGAUCUUCUGAGACACAUAAUCACUAAUGGUGAACAGAGGAUGGAUCGCACGAAAGUGGGCACGCUGUCUGUAUUUGGCAGUCAGAUGCGUUUCAACAUGAGGGAGUCUUUUCCCCUAUUAACCACAAAGCGCGUCUUCUUCCGCGCUGUGGCCGAGGAGCUACUCUGGUUUGUGGCGGGCAAGACAGACGCCAAGCUGCUGCAGGCGAAGAACGUGCAUAUCUGGGAUGGGAACAGCACCAGGGAGUUCUUGGACAAGCUGGGUCACACAGAGCGAGCCGUUGGCGACUUGGGUCCGGUGUACGGAUUCCAGUGGCGGCACUUUGGUGCGGAGUACGGGAGCUGCGAAGACGAUUAUGCCGGCAAGGGCAUCGACCAAUUGCGUCAAGUGAUCGACACCAUUAAGAAUAACCCUUCGGACAGGCGUAUCAUUAUGUCAGCGUGGAAUCCAUUGGACAUUCCAAAGAUGGCUCUUCCGCCGUGCCACUGCCUGGCGCAGUUCUACGUCUCACAGACCCGAAAUGAGCUUUCGUGCCAGCUCUACCAAAGGAGCGCCGACAUGGGCUUGGGCGUGCCCUUCAACAUCGCCUCCUACGCCCUCCUUACCUACAUGAUCGCCCAUGUGACGGGUCUGAAGCCGGGCGACUUUGUGCACACCAUGGGCGACACACACGUCUAUCUGAACCAUGUAGAGCCCCUUAAGGAGCAGCUGGAACGUACACCACGACCCUUUCCCAAGAUGGUGAUUAAGCGCCAGGUAAAGGACAUCGAAGAUUUUCGCUUCGAGGACUUCGAGGUAGUCGAUUACAAUCCAUAUCCCAAGAUCAAGAUGGACAUGGCCGUGUAAAAGGGCUUUUCAUAUUAAUAAUUGAUCUGUUAAAACUAAUAUUUUUAUUUAUAAAUGAUUAUAAAGGAUUAAAAAGUAAAACUCAAA